AGAAUGCCAAUUGCCAAUUGUUAAAAUAAAAGUAGGACAAGAGAAACAUUGUAUCAAAUUAUUAAAAAUAAUAAUAAUUUAUUGUCUAUUUACUUCGGUAUAUUGUUCAAAUUUUAAUCACAGUAAUUAAUCCAACAAACAUUGUAACAAAUAUGUCGUGGAAUUUUUUUACGACAAUCAAACCUCUUUCACCUUUUUUAGACAUAGUUCGACACGCUAGUAAGAAAACUGGAGGCAGUACAAGAAAUACAAACUGUAAAGUUAAACCGAAGCACAGAGGCUGGAAAGUUCAAGAUGGACACAAUGUACAAGCAGGACAUAUUUUAGCUACUCAAAGAAACUUAAGAUUCCAUCCAGGUUUAAAUGUUGGAAUGGGGCGUAAUGGCACAUUGUUUGCUAUGGAACCGGGGAAAGUUGUGGUGACAUGUGAAAAAUUUGAACCAAAUUGGGAGCAUACAUGGGUUCAAAGAAUUUAUAGUGGUAGAGGUGACCAAGUAAUUUUUAAGAAGUAUUUUAAUAUCAUACCUAAACCACAACAUAACAGAUUUAAGUUAAUCGAGGAAAUGUAAUAUUAUUUAUCAUAUAUAAAUAGCGCGAUUAAACUUAGCUUUAGGUCUAUAGUGAUAGUUUUAUUGUUUACCCUGUACAUUAAAGUUGUUGAAUAUAAAAACAUGUGAUUUUUCUUUAAUAAAGAUGUGCAAGUUUAUACUAGCACCUCAUCUCAUAU